AUGGAGCCUUCCCGUCCCACCGAUCCCGUCACCACGCGAGGGAGCAAGAAUUCAUCUGCAUCUACCACCGCAUCUACCACCGCAUCUACCACCGCAAAACCUGAUGACACUCCCCCAUCAGCUGGAACGCCGGAUCCGCAACCCUCAUCAACCGCACUUGCAAAGCCAGGCACGCUCUCACAAAAGAUCGAGGAUGCACUGCAAUCCCAACCGAUGGUGCUAACCGCGUCCAAUUCUUCACAAACCUCAAACCUUUCAGCCAAAGACGCGACAUCCGCGUCCGCCGCUGCACCCUAUGGCACUCGUUCGCGGAACCGCCCAGGAUCCCGCCCCAAUUACGCGGAGGAUGUCGAAUACGACUUCGAUGGAGCCGCGAACGCUGCUGCCGAAGCAAAACUCGCCCCUCCUUCCGGCAUCACCACGCGCAGUCCCUCUCCCAAAGACCAACAACCGGGAGCGAAGAAGAACGGCGCAUGGAGCACGGUGAAUUCGACGCGCUCCAGCACCGGCAAACGACGCCGCUCACCAUCGCCCCCGGCCGCCGGUUCCCGCAACGAUGAUUCCACCGCCAACGUCACGCCGGUCCCUACGAAUUCUCACGCCCAUUCCGCGGCGGGGAACCAGACGGGGAAGAAGCGGAAGACCAAUGGAUCGCAGCAGCCGACAAACGGAACGGGCCCUGCGAGUGCUGGGACGAAAGCGCCUGCUGCUACCAGGAAGGCCGCUCAACACGCUGCGUCCGCGACGCCCACCCCUUCAGCGCGUGCCACUCCCGUCGCACCGGUUCGACCGACCAAUAUGUACUCGUUUGAGAAGACAAAGGCGAAGAUGGUGGAUGGGAAGUUGACGGCAGAUGACGGCACUGUCUUUGCUCCCAAUGAUCACAUCUACCUCGUCUCCGAGCCACCGGGCGAACCUUACUAUAUCGGCCGCAUCAUGGAGUUCCGCCUCAGCAACCUCGACGACCCGAACUCACCCGUCGAUUCUCUCCGCGUCAACUGGGUCUACCGUCCCCGAGACGUACAGCGCUUCAACAACGACUCCCGCCUCGUCUACGCGACCAUGCACUCGGAUAUCUCGCCCAUCUCCACUCUUCGGGGCAAAUGUCGGGUUCUACAUCGCGCGGAAAUCGAGGACCUGGACGAAUACCGCAAGCAAAAGGAUUCGUUCUGGUUCAAUCAGGUCUUCGACCGGUUCAUCAUCCGGUGGUAUGAAGCGAUUCCGACAUCCCAGGUAAUCAAUGUCCCCGAACAUGUCAAGAAAGUGCUGGAUGAACGGUGGAAAUAUAUCGUGGUUGAGGCGGCGAAGGUCAAGGAAUUCACGAGCGCCGUGAAGACGUGCAAGAGAUGCGUUCAGUAUUGCCCUACGAAUGACUCCGUUGAGUGCGCCGAGUGCCACAAUACUUAUCACAUGUACUGCGUUCGACCUCCGCUGCUGAAAAAGCCGUCUCGUGGGUUUGCGUGGGCAUGCGGUCCAUGCAACCGCGCACAAGAGAAGAAAUUGGAGGCCCGGCGAACCCCGCUCAUUACAGAAGCUCCUGAGGCGGAAGAGGAAGAGUAUAUCGAAGAAGAGGACGACACCGAGCUUCCUCCGACGACUGCGCAAACGCCAAGCGAGGCCAAGGUGGAUGAGCUUCACCCGGUGACCCAAUCAGAAAUCGAACUCGCAAAAAUGUGGCCGAUGCGAUAUCUUGGGAUCCAUUGUCGUGUUGAGGACGCGUUGCAGUACGACGACCGGACGAUCUAUCCUCGAGCGAGUUCACGUAUCGGUCCGCGACAUCAAGCCGUCGUGCAGCCUUGGUUCGGGCGGCCGGUUGAGCUCGUCAAGCCACUCGAAAUCAAGAAAAAAUACCUGAAGAGCUCAAGCCACAAGAAGGACUCGAAAUUGUCCAAGGAAACCCUCGCUGCCCUCGAAGAGGAGCGAGCGAAACGGGCGAACCGCCCAGAAUGGGUUCAGGACGAACCGCCGGGAUACGUCAAGCGUGGAGAUGAUCAUCCGAACGACGACCCGAACAAUACCGCGAAGUUGCUUUUCCGACUUCCCGAGCCUGGCGAGUUAUCUGAGCGAGGGAUGGACGAUAAGCCCAUUGCGCCGGAAGAGAUCCUGGAUGAAUUCAUGACGCAGGCUAAGGGAAUCGCUCAGAGCAUGAAAAUCCCCACUUGGAGCACCGACUGGCUUGAUCGCGCGACGCAGACGUUGUACAGACACAACUUUGACCCGAAGACGGCGCUCGAAGAGCUGAAAAAAACGGAUCCGAAGAAGGACUUGCGGGACCCCAAGCGUGUCCUCACCUCCGACGAGCAGAAGCGUUUCGCAGAAGGAGUCGCGAAGUAUGGCUCCGAACUCCGAAACGUCCGGAUUCACGCGAAGAUCGAGAAGCACGGCGCCGUCGUCCGCUACUGGUACAUCGUCUUCAAGAAAUCGCCCGAGGGCCGGAAGAUUUGGGGUACUUUUGGUGGGCGCAAAGGGACGAAGAAGAAGGUGGAAGCCAACACCGCUUCCCGCCUCCUGGACGACGUCGCCGACGACGUCGACGACUCCGCGUUCGACAGCGAAAAGGCCGCGAAGAAAAAGCGCGGUUUCAAAUGCAAGCACUGCAACACCACCAAAUCCCGGCAAUGGCGUCGCGCGCCCGGCGUCGCUCCGGGCUCCAUCAUCCAAGCGGAGAACGGCAAAGCGAAGGAAAAGUCCCCGCCGCAGGUCGUUGCGCUUUGCUUCCGAUGCGCGAACCUCUGGCGCAAGUAUGCCGUCAAAUGGGAAGAGGCGGAAGAGAUCGGCCGGAAAGUCGCGCAAGGGGGCGGCCGCGCGUGGAAACGGCGGAUCGACGAGGAGCUGCUCCAGGAGUGGAAGUUGGCGCAGGAGAGCCCGGGAGUCGACGAAGACAUCGACAUGCCCGAUGCGCCACCCGCUGUGGCACCUCUUGCCGAAACGAAGAAGAAGGGCAAGGCGGUGGACAAGGAGGCCGCAGCGGCAGCCAAACCGGCCGAGAAAGAGAAACCGAAGCCCGCGCCACCGCCUCCGCCGCGCCAGCCGACACCUCCAUUGAUUCCGGCGCAGCCAAAGAUGAAGGAGCUGCCGUGUACCGUGUGCAAGCUAUUCGAGAGACCCGGCGCAAAGGAGCCGGAACCGUUGCUUGUGUGCGCGCAUUGCCGCCUGCAUGUGCAUCGGAACUGCUAUGGGAUCUUCGAGCCGAGAGGCACGGGGGCGUGGUGGAUCUGUGAUAUGUGCGCCAACGACCGGCCUGGCAAGGAGACGACUUCAUACAGCUAUGAGUGCGUGCUGUGCCCAAUCACUGAAACCGAAGUGGAACUCGUGGAGCAACCGAGGGUGUCCCACAAGAAGAAGACGGAUCGCGAUCGCGAGAAAGAACGGCUAGAGCGGGAACUGACCCUCAAAUUGGCGGAGGAUUACAAACUCCAGCAGCGACAGAACGGCCGACCUCUUUUCCCCCGCGAGCCGCUGAAGCGCACCGCGGACAACAACUGGGUGCACGUCAAGUGCGCGGUGUGGAUGCCCGAAGUGCGGUUUAGCAACGCGAAAGAGCUCGAGAUUGCCGAAGGGAUCCCGCUCAUCCCUCCCGAGAAGUACCGGAAGACGUGCACGAUCUGCAAAAAAUCGAACCGCGGCGCGUGCGUGGACUGCCCCAUCUGCCGUGCCAGCUUUCACGUCGGCUGCGCGAACAAGGCGGAUUACACCUUCACGUUCGAUAUCCACCCGACCAAGGCGACGAGGAAAGACGUGACCGUCGUCACGCUCGGUGUCGAAGACGAGGAUCCGCUCUAUAACACUACUGAGACUGGAACGGCAAGCGCGGUCGUCAUCUGCAAAACGCAUUGGCUAAAGGACACGAAAUACGCGAAGGUUCACGGGCCCAACGAGUCGGUUCUCACCUGGGACUCGGAGCUCAACGCGCUGCAAGUCUACGCUCGGAAUUACAAGCAGGCUGACCUCACGCUUUCCGGCACGGCAAGAAAGGCCACCCUGCUGGAUGAAUCGACCAAACGACUCGCGGUCUGGGACGAGCAAGAAGUGGCCCAUGCGCGUGCGGCGGGCAGAGAGCCCGCUCCGGUACUUGGGCGUCGGAUUUCCACGGCUCAUCGAGGGUCCCGUUCCUCGAUCCACGGAAUCAGCGACUUGGAGAGCCCGGUUUUGCGAACUAGUCCCGCCGUCGAAGAGCGACGAUGUUGCAUCUGCAAGGUGGAUACAUCGCCCACUUGGAUCCGGGUCAAGCCCUCCAUGCUGCCUCAGCAUUCGAAUCGCCCGUCGUCCUCCUCGAUGGCCGUGGAUCAUAUGCUGGCCAACGGCGUCAAAGAGGAACCGCGUCAAAACGGCGACGCGGCUGCAAAUGGUGCUGCCAUGACGAACGGCUUCCACCCCGAAACCGCACCGGCCAAGUAUAUGUGCUCCAAGUGCAACUGGAAGCGCCUGAACGACCCGGACCCGCCAAUCGUGCCCCGCGACUCCGAGCCUCCUCGAUCGUCUCGUGAACGCUCUGUGCGCUCGCCCCAGGCACCCACACUUCCUCCCCCCGUCGAUGCCGGCUGGCGACCCGGGCUCCCUCCACUGGGAGCUCCCAACGCAUGGCCACCGCCACCUCCACCGCCCGUGAGCGCCGCGAUGGCACCGGCUCCUCAUAGCGGCCCUCCUCAAGGGCAGGGACUCCCGCCACCACACCAGGCCAACUACCCACAUUACCCUCAUCUACCCGGCGCGCCUUCCACCAACCCCUACGCCCCCGGCUACCCCGUCCACACCGGCGCCCCACCGCCACACAUGAGCGCCGCACCCACCGGCCAUCCUUACAGCUAUCAAAGCUACGGCCCGGGGCCCCACCCCCACCAUUCGCACGCUCCACCACUCCACCACGGCCCGCCCUCUCACCUCCCUAACCUCUCCAACGGCCUCCCCACUUCCAACCCUCACCACUAUCACAGCCACUCCCCCCCCACCUCCGCCAUCACCAGCGCUCCCCUCCCGCGUGACCACACCCCCGGCGCCACUCAUCUCCCGCCGCUGGCGCACGCGGCCGGUAGCCCCGUCGCGAUGCAACUCGGGCCUCCUCUAUCAAGCGUUGGGAGGCCGGAGACGCCGAGGGAUGGCAUUGUGGAGCGGGAGCGCGAGCAACGAGAGGUGCCGAGGGACCGGGCGACGGUCGGGGCGAGCGCGAGUCCGAGUUUGAAGAAUUUGCUGUCGUGA